UUGACCGGGGGCGCGGCGGCGGCGGCAGGGCUGGCUCGGCGGGCUAAUUGGCUGCCGGCACUGGAGACUCGAGGGUUUGAAGAAGGAGCCGAGGAGGGUUCCCAGGCCGGGCCGGGGUGACCUAGGGCCGCAGCUAUGGAAGAUCAGAGGGAGGCUCUUCGAAAGAUCAUUACCACUCUGGCCGUAAAGAACGAAGAAAUCCAAUCUUUUAUCUACUCCUUGAAGCAGAUGUUACUGAAUGUAGAGGCAAAUUCAACCAAAGUUCAGGAGGACCUGGAAGCGGAGUUCCAGUCCCUGACAUCUGUGCUGGAAGAGCUGAAGGAAGGGAUGCUGAUGAAGAUAAAACAGGACCGAGCCAGUCGCACCUACGAGCUGCAAAACCAGCUAGCUGCUUGCACUCGGGCCCUGGAGAGCUCCGAGGAACUGCUGGAGACCGCCAACCAGACCCUGCAGGCUGCUGACAGAGAAGACUUCCCUCAGGCCGCCAAGCAAAUCAAAGAUGGAGUGACCAUGGCCCCCGCCUUCCGGCUGUCACUCAAAGCCAAAGUCAGCGACAACAUGAGUCACCUGAUGGUGGACUUCGCCCAGGAAAGGCGGAUACUACAAGCUCUCAAGUUCCUGCCUGUGCCCAGUGCCCCUGUCAUCGACCUGGCUGAGUCCCUGGUGGCAGAUAACUGUGUGACCCUGGUGUGGCGCAUGCCCAAGGAGGACAGGAAGAUUGACCACUACGUGCUGGAGUACCGCAGGACCAACUUCGAGGGCCCGCCCCGCCUCAAGGAGGACCAGCCCUGGAUGGUGGUCGAGGGCAUCCGGCACACCGAGCACACCUUGACAGGUCUCAAAUUUGAUAUGAAAUACAUGAACUUCCGGGUGAAAGCGUGUAACAAGGCAGUGGCAGGUGAAUUCUCUGAGCCAGUGACCUUAGAGACACCAGCGUUCAUGUUCCGCCUGGACGGGUCCACAUCUCACCAGAACCUGCGGGUGGAAGGCCUAUCCGUGGAGUGGGACGCCAUGGGUGGGAAGAUCCAGGAUGUCAAGACCCGGGAGAAAGAGGGCAAAGGCCGGACUGCGUCCCCUGUCAACUCCCCAGCCAGGGGGACUCCGUCUCCCAAGAGGAUGCCCUCAAGUCGUGGGGGACGGGACCGCUUCACGGCUGAGUCCUAUACUGUUCUGGGAGACACGCCUAUCGAUGGCGGGGAGCAGUACUGGGAGGUUCGCUUUGAGCCAGACAGCAAGGCCUUCGGCCUGGGUGUGGCAUACCGCAGCCUGGGCCGCUUCGAGCAGCUGGGCAAGACAGCUGCAUCCUGGUGCGUCCACAUCAACAACUGGCUGCAGGUCAGCUUCACCGCCAAGCACGCCAACAAGGUCAAGGCGCUGGACAGCCCUGUGCCCGACUGCCUGGGUGUUCACUGUGACUUCCACCAAGGUCUCCUGUCUUUCUACAACGCCCGCACCAGACAACUGCUGCACACGUUCAAGGCCAGGUUUACACAGCCUCUGCUGCCUGCCUUCACUGUGUGGUGUGGGAGUUUCCAGGUGACCACAGGCCUGCAGGUCCCCAGCUCCGUCCGUUGUCUGCAGAAGACAGGCAGCACCACCAGUAGUUCCAACACCAGCCUCACCUGACCAGCUGGGCUGAUGUGUGGGGCAGAGGAACCUCUGCCAGGCCCCAGCCGGUUCAGCCCGAUGUCUCCUCUUAAUUUGCUGCUCGGAGCCUUAAAUCUAAAAGGGAGGGUCCCCAAGUGGGAGCAGGCACAGGGUGCCCCCUCCCCACCUCACUUCGUAAUAAACAUAAAACACUGGCCAA